AUGUACAACUUAUAUAAACACCACAUAGACACCCUAGCUAAGGGAGGCCGGGCCGCAGCCUGCCGGGGCUCAUAUUCUGAAUGUCACGUGACUUGUGGGAGGACUGCGGCGGCACUGUCGACGCCGACCCGGGCAGUCCAGCGUUGCUGUUCGAUCUCGACAAUGAGGUCCCUAAUUCCGAUAUCCACGCUGCUUGCUGUAUCGCUUACUGCAUAUGCAGCACCUCCCGCUCACAACAUACUGGACUCUGCGCAAGCUGUGUUCAGUCAGAGCCUCUCGUUCCAGGACAUCGCUUCAGAAUGGCUCGACGACGCUAAGAAGGCGAUUCUGAAGGGAAAGAAGAACAUGGAGAAGUGGUAUCAUGAGGGGAAGGAGUACAUCAUGCAGGAUAACUUGCUUUAUGAAUUCGUCACCCAUCCCAGUUUCCACAACUAUAACCUCAGGGUGACAGAACCCAAGCUCUGCGACCCCUCUGUCAAGCAAUAUUCGGGAUACCUGGAUGUUGCGGAGGACAAGCACCUCUUCUUCUGGUUCUUCGAAUCACGCACUGCCCCUGCAGAUGCACCUCUCAUCCUGUGGCUGAACGGAGGGCCCGGAUGCAGCUCUACCACUGGACUGCUUUUCGAGCUUGGACCGUGCAACAUCGCCGACAACGGUCGUAACGUCACUCACAACCCGUACAGCUGGAAUUCGGAGGCCAACAUCAUCUUCCUUGACCAGCCCGUCAACGUCGGCUACUCCUAUUCAGAGGACGGCACCGCCGUAUCCAGUUCGCCUGUGGCGGGCAAAGAUGUCUACGCGUUCCUCGAGCUGUUCUUGAACAAGUACCCGAAGUAUUCGAAAGCACCCUUCCACAUUGCUGCAGAGAGCUACGGCGGAACAUAUGCGCCCAACUUUGCAAGCAUCAUCUACAAGCAAAACCAAGAGCUGCUGGCUGCUCCGAACCCCCACUUGAAGCACAUUAACCUUGCGUCUGUGAUUCUCGCGAACGGACUCACCGAUCCGUACAUCCAGAUGGCGUCAGUGCCGGACUACGCCUGCGAAGGACCCUAUCCCGUGUACGAUGACCCACAGGGCCCGCAGUGCCAGGCAUUGAGGACGAAGGUGCCCACUUGCCAACGAUUGGUCAAGUCAUGCUACAACUUCAACUCGCGUUUCACCUGCAUGCCUGCCAACGUAUACUGCAACACGCAGCUUUUCGGGCCUCUUAUGCAAACCGGCCUCAACCCUUAUGACGUCCGUCGCAAGUGCGAUCGUUCAGAGGACAAGGACGGCCAGCUGUGCUACAAGCAAAUGGGGUGGAUAGAGACCUGGAUGAAUGAGCCAUCGAACAAGGCUGCGCUCGGUGUCAACCCAGAGAGGACGUUCGAGUCGUGCAAUAUGCAAGUCAACCAGGCGUUUACCAUGAACGGCGACGGGAUGCAUAACAGCGCUGCCCUCCUUCCCGAGCUCGUGGAUAAUGGCGUCCGCCUUCUCGUCUAUGCUGGCAAUGCCGAUAUGAUGUGCAACUAUAUGGGUAAUGAACGCUGGGUCGAGGCCCUCCCGACUAAAUUCUCUGAAGAGUUCGUCAAGACGAAGCCCAUCCCUUGGGUUACUACAGAGACUGGCCGCACUGCAGGCUCGGCGAGGAGCGCGGGCUCAGCAGGAUUCGGCGCUGGGAACGUCACCUUCGUGAACGUCUUCGAGGCAGGGCAUAUGGUGCCAUACGAUCAACCCGAAGCAGCAUUGGACCUUAUCACGCGCUGGGUUAUGGACACUCCUCUCACCUUGUCGCCCAAAGACGUCCGCGACGCUUCGAUUCCUCUGUAG